UAAUAAUAGUACAUGUAUAAAUAAAACCCACCAAUCCACCUUAGUCUAUAUUUUUUGUCUUUGUGUUUGGUCGUCCCCCAAAAACCAAAACUUCUCUUCUUAGAAAAUCCUCUGUUUCUCUCAAACGCGGCAUUCCCACGUUUCACCCUAGAACAGCAAAGUCUUUUCCCAGAAAAAAAAAGGAAUAAAACGAAGAAGAAAAAGAAUCAAAGUUUGUGGCAAAAUCAGCUGUAUAAGACGUGAAACCUAAAGAAAUCCGAGACACACUGUUGAUAAAGAUGCUGGAGCUUUGCCGGCGGCCAUUGGAAAGGUGCUUUGGAGUUGGAAAUGGUGGUGAUGAGCUUCUAUGGCAUUUGGGCCUCAAGCCUUACGCUUCAGGAGACUAUUCCAUAGCUGCGGUUCAAGCCAAUUUUUCUCUUGAAGAUCAAGGACAGGUGUUCACUUCUCCUUCCGCCACGUAUGUUGGUAUCUACGACGGCCAUGGCGGUCCCGAAGCUUCUCGAUUCAUCACCAACCAUCUCUUCCCUUACCUUCAAAAAUUCUCGACCGAACAAGGUGGACUAUCUGUGGAUGUGAUAAAGAAGGCGUUUGAUGCUACCGAAGAGGAGUUCUUACACUUGGUGAGACAAUCAUGGCCAGCACGGCCUCAGAUUGCUUCCGUUGGCUCAUGUUGCCUAGUUGGGGCCAUAUCCGACGACGUUUUAUACGUGGCUAAUCUUGGGGACUCGAGAGCGGUUCUUGGCCGGAGAGGGUUUGAAGGGCAGUCGAGUAAUGGUACGGUCGUCGCAGAGAGACUCUCAACUGAUCAUAACGUGGCAGUGGAGGAGGUGAGGAAGGAAGUUAAGGACCUUCACCCUGAUGAUUCUCACAUUGUAGUGUACACUCGUGGUGUUUGGCGAAUCAAGGGUAUUAUUCAGGUGUCGAGAUCAAUUGGAGAUGUUUACUUGAAGAAACCCGAGUUUAACAGAGACCUGUUCCAGCAAUGUGGUAUACCUAUUCCAUUAAAAAGGGCUGUAAUGACAGCAGAACCCUCGAUCAUUGUUCGAAAUUUAAAGCCACAAGACAUGUUUUUGAUCUUUGCAUCCGAUGGUCUGUGGGAGCAUUUAAGUGAUGAAGCAGCUGUUGAAAUUGUCUAUAAAAAUCCCAGAACUGGAAUAGCGAAACGAUUAGUUAGAGCUGCCAUUAAUGAGGCUGCAAAGAAAAGGGAAAUGAGAUAUGAUGACAUAAAGAAAAUUGAGAAAGGAGUAAGACGCCAUUUUCAUGACGACAUUACUGUGGUUGUGAUAUAUCUUGAUCGUUCUGAAGGUUCUCUAAAUAGUAGUAGAUUCAAAAAUCAUAGCCCUUUUGACUGCACAACUGUUCCUAUGGAUAUAUUCUCUCUUAAUGCUGAUGAAGUAGACACUUCACUUCAUGCAAAUAACUGAGAAUAUCAUUGUUGUCUUGUGAAUAUAAUAAGCAUAUAUUUAUGUAGACACAUUAGAUGUUUAUAGAGAGUUAUUCUGGCUGGGAACAGAACAGAGUUUCAUAGUUUUUAUUACAAGGAAAGUUUGUGUGUAAUUAUGUAAAUGGAGGGAUUACAAGAUUGAGCUACAGUUAAGUGUUAACAUCCCAGCUUUGGGUUUUUGCUCGUUUACAUUAGAUGAUUAUCUUCUUUGUUCUUUUAUAAAAAAAUAUUCUUCUUUUUAUGGUAAA